UGAUGCGGAAUUUCCAGCUGCGAUGUUCAUACAUUUCUAAAUCGAGCUCCGUGUGUGUGUGUGUGUGUGAGAGAGAGAGGGCCUGCCCUUACCGGGGUGGGUGGGGGGCGGGUUGGGAGGUGAAACUGUGCCUUUGUUCAGAUCUGCAGUAAACCAGCGCAGGGAACUGGAGGCAGCUUCUUUUGACUGUUUACCCGGUCACCAUGGAGACUUCGUCUCUGGAGCGGCAGCUGCAGAGCGUUCAGCGAAACAUUGCCUUCUUAAAGGGUGAACACAUGGAACUACUGCAUGGGCUACACAUGGAGAUCCUGCAACUGCAGAAACGCUGCACCGAGUUAACAUGUGAACUAACAUUGAAGUCGUCAAAAAAUGGCCAAUCAGACGAUUGUGAGCACCAGGAUGACUGCGCCCCCCUCGAGGCUGAAAUCAGGCAGAAGGAGCUGCAGAACGUGGCACUGAGGAAAGAACUGCGCCACAAGGAGGCCCUGAUAGCAGCGCUGGAGGACAGCCUGUGGAGGAGGGAGCGGCUGUUCCUAGAGGAGCUCAAGAGACGGAGCCACAGGAUGACCGUCCUGAACGUUGAACUGCAGAAGCAGUCUGAGACUGCGGCCCAACUCGCAUUCAAGUUGCACAGCGUCAAACAGAAGCUAAGUAACUCCAGGCAAGGUGGUCGUCUUUUGGAUAAGCCUGCUGAUAAAGCCAUCCCUACAUCUCCGGUGUACACGUCAGUCUCGCUGAAGAGGCACCAUAAAGUCCAUUCGAAAAUGACUGAUAAAAUCUGCACCGAGAGGGCAGUGGGGUCAGACUCGACUCAGCAAAGACGCCGGGCAGAACUGGAUGAGCUUGACCCCAUGCCCGACCCUGCACUUUUCCUACGGGCGAGGUGGCAUCAUGGCCAGAGGCACAACCAGGCAGGCUGCUUGGCGGCGCCCGUUAGUCAGGAGUGCAGGCCCGAGAGCGGCGGCCUCGCAACGAUGCAAUCGGUCAAGCCCAGAACUGUGCCAGAGGGGAACUCAAAGUGCUCGAACUUUCUGGGACCUCCUGCUGAGACAGAGAUCCCCCUCACAGAUGAGGAGAGCGCCGGCGAGGAUUUGCAAAAGGCGCGAGAGAGUGUGCGAAAAUAGGGCAGCUUUAUCACGGGUUGUCAAGGUCAAGAAAGAACUUGCUUUGAUACAGCAUCCUUUCACAUCCCGAGAUGCAUCGCAUGCAACAAAUUAUCAUAUUGGUCACUGUGCAGGCAAAUGUAGCAGCGUCCUUGCACAAAGCAAGGCCCCACAUGCAACAAUGGAGUGUACAAUCAAAUGUUCCUUCAUCUGAAGCCCCUGUCCUGCAGUUUACUGAGGCUGCAGCCCAUUGAUCCAAAACCCCAAGCUGAGCUUGAAUCCUCUCAAAUAACAUCUUGGAAAAACAUUCUAUUUAAGGUGAAGAAUAGGCAAAUAACACAAAGCUUUCUUAUUAACCUCAGGAGU